AUGUUCAGAACAGCAGCAAAGAAGAUAGCGCACAACUCGACAAUCCCAGUCUUAGGAGUAAACAAGGACCUCCGUACGCUGCAAGAGCUGAUUACGGCAGAGAAGUCGGUACUGAACUCGCUACAAAGACUGAGCGCAGACUUAGUGAAAGCGUCAGAGGCUCUCAAAGCGUGGGGAAUAGGCGAGGGCGAUGAUCUCGGGGAUGUCCUCACCGCGUCAUGUACGCUGUUCUUGCACUUUGCGGAAGCUCUGGCGAACUAUGCAAACCACGAAAUACCUGUGCGAGAACACAUGAAGUCAAUCCGCACGCGAGAAGAGCGUCUCGACGACUUGCGGCGGCGGCGGAAGUCGCUGCACUCGGACGCGGAUUCCGCGGAGAAGAAGCUGGGUAAGAUGAGCCCAGACAACAAGAACCUUCAAGUCCAAACCGAUCUGCUGAACAAGCUGCGAGACGAGAUUCAUAUCAUGGACGCGGAUAUCAUGGCGGAGGAAGCCAGCCUUGGUGAUUACAAGCGGACGAGCGCGAAGGCAUGGAUGGGCCUCAAGUUCGGUGGCCUGGCUGAAUGCUCAGAGAAGGGCGUUAUCAUUGGCGAAUUCGGCAAAAUGCUCGUCGCUGAGAUUCCAUUGGAUACCACCGAGCCUGGCCUGCCACGGUCGGUCUACCAGGGACACUCCAACACAGAGGCACUUGUCGCGGAUGCGCGCCGUGCGCUGACGAACGUCGUGUUCUCGCAUGAACCCAACCCUAAUCGCCUGCCGAAUUUGCGCUACAGUCCUGAGCUGCCCGGUAUACCCUUCGCGCACAGACAUUCACAGCUGAGCUAUGGCGGCGACACGAGCCGGCGCACCUCGAUGUCACCCUCGUCGAUCUCAAUGCCUAUGCCGUCAACAGACGAGACCUCGCGUCUCAGCCAGAUUCUUCGCUCGCCCACCACACAGUUCCCGCAACCUUCGCUGUAUCCGCCGCCUCGCCAGCAGUCGCUCUCGUACGAGCAACUUCAGUCGCCCACGCCGCCACCGGGUAGCGAGGCAGCCGAGUUCGGCGUGCUCCCGGACCCGUUCUCCCCGAGCACAGGUCCGCAAGGUGGCCGGUUUGCUACUUUCCCUGUCAAGGCUGUGGGCCCACGCCCUCCGCCGCCGCGUAGCUCGCAGCUGUAUGGCACGCACGGCGCUGGAGUAGACCGGCCGCCCUCGCUUGACCUGGACCGCCCAUCGGACUCGUUCUCUUCGAGCGUCGCAGAUGCGCUCGGGCAAGAGUUCGAGUUCGAGAAGGGCGGGCUGAAAUCAUCAUCGUCGGGCGCAGGCCCAGUUGACGAGAAGCGUGGCAGUACGAGUUCACAGCGACGGUCUUAUUCGCCGCCUCCGCCGCAGUACUCCGCCGUAUUCGGACCGCAGGAAUUCGAGUCAUUAAAUAGGAAGGGGAACCAUAAUUCACAGUUGGCAUACAUGGCCAAUCCUGACGAGGAGGAAGAGGGGCUCCAAUCGACUGAGGGUCGGGAUGACAGGAGAGUCACAUUUGAGGAGUUGCGUGAACCCGAGGCAGAAGAGAGCAAGGCCGAGAGCGACGCAGCGGUGUCAUCAAGAGCAGAGCAGGAUGCCAGUGAAGGUGCAAUGCAAAGAUCGGACGCAUCUCAUAGCAAUGUCUCUGCUGAAGCAACAAGAGCGGCUCCUCCUCAGUCUACACCUCCCCAACCUGAAUCUGUAGCCGCCCGACCCUCAACUGGGUCUGAACAACCGACCUACACCAUACCGGAAGUAUCUUCGCGUCCACGCGAGCCUUCGCCGCCUUUGGACGAAGAGAAAGCUCUGAACGCAGCAGCAGCUCGCGAGGUCUCUCGCGAACUCGAUGCCCUCAUGUUCAGCGUUUCACCGCAACCGCAACCGCAACCGUCCGCGGCUGAUGCGCCCCCGGCCGACCGUACCCCUUCUCCACUCCAGCCGCCGCGAGUACCGUUUGGCGCGCGGUCGGUUUCUCCGCGCCCCAACAUUGAGAUCUCUACCUCGCAGCCCGGCAGCCCGCGCCUGGGGCCGCAGUACGUCCGCGCGCGCGACCGAUCACUGGCCUCGCCCAGCAGCAUCUCAUCUGCCUCCAACGGCGACCAGGGCACCAUCCCCCCUGUGACCACCUCGUCCCGCUUCAGCGCCGACCGUGGACCCGCCUCGCCCACCGCGCCCUCCAUCUCCAUCGCGCGCGGCACGCCCUCGCCUGCGCCCUCGGGCAUGUCCUCGAGCACACCCUUCCGCACACCGCCAGAGCUCCCCGGCGCGUCCUUCUACAGCCUCUCCUCCGCCGUCACCGGCUCCGGCACGUCCUUCGCCUCCUCCGGCGGCAAGAUCUCCGCCGCCGCCUUCCGCCGCCAGCAGCUGCGCAGCCCGAGCACGCCGACGCUCGACCCGCUCUCCUCCGCGGACACGGGCCCGCUUGUCGUGAAGAAACGUCCGCUACCGCAGUCGCCGAGCGCGCAGGCAUCCGGAUGGUCCGCACAGAACGCGGGUGCGAUACCUCGCGUGCCGUCUGCCGGGCGUCGCAUAUCGCAGUCACCGACGCGCCAUGAGGGCGCAGGUAGCGAGGACGAAUACGACUACGUCUCGGCAUAUGCGAACGAGACUGAGAAUGGUAGUGGGCGGGGCGACGGUGGGUAUGCUCAGGGCAAAUUCGCAACGAACUUGGAGGAUGGCAGCGGGUUGCGUUAA